AUGUUGCUGUUGGAAGCCGGUGUACAAAUGUUCUUGUCUCAAGUCGUGAUAGCUAUCAUUUUGGGGAUCAAGGUCACAGAUCAUUCGGAUAACCUUUCGAAAGGUUAUGCAAUAUUCGUAGUUAUCAUGGUUUGCAUUUAUGUUUCUGCUUUAGCUUGGUCUAUAGGUCCUCUUGGAUGGCUUAUUCCAAGUGAGACAUUUCCAUUGGAGACCCGUUUAGCCGGACAAAGUGUCACUGUUUGUGUCAAUUUGCUCUUCACCUUUGUUAUUGCACAAGCUUUUCUAUCCAUGUUAUGUCAUUUCAAGUUUGGCAUCUUCUUGUUCUUCUCUGGUUGGGUUUUCAUGAUGUCAAUCUUUGUGUUUUUCUUGGUGCCCGAGACGAAGAACAUACCAAUUGAAGAGAUGAUUGAAAGAGUAUGGAAGCAACAUUGGUUUUGGAAGAGGUUUAUUGAAGAUGAUCAUGACAAUGAGAAAAUAGAAAAUGCUGAUAAUUGUAACUUUUUGUUUUAA